GGGAACUGUUAAAACAUGGUGAUCUGCAGUUUCUUUAUCCAGGGUCGCUGCCGAUUUGGAGACAAAUGUUGGAAUGAGCACCCGAGAGAUGGAAGAGGGUCUGGCGGUCACCACUACCAAGAGCCUGCGGGUGAUAGAAGAGGAAGCUCGUAUUAUCCACCCCAGAGAUAUGUGCAGCCCUCUAGUUUCAAUAAGUCUAUGACAUGGACCAACAAAGACACCAAGCCCACAUUUGGAUCUUUUUCCAGACCUGGAGAUGCUGGAAGCAAAAGCUUUAAAUCUACUGCAGCUGAAUCAUUCAGUUUCUCCCAGAAUCGCUUCUCAACAUUAAGUUCACAGGAGCAAACCAGGGAAGCUCAAGGUGACAAAGAUGGAAAUCUUAUAAGUGACAUCUUACAAGACAUAGAGAUCUGGGAGUCUUCAGGACAGUGGCUGUUGUCUGUUUAUUCUCUGGGAAAAGAAAAGUGCAACCUGUCAGGUUUUAGAGAUAUCUCACCAGAAGAACUGCGUCUGGAAUAUUACUCUUCCAAGAAUGAAGGAAAUCUUCAAAAUUAUUUAAACUCCAUACAACAGUUGGUGCUUCAGUGGAAACAGAGGACUCUAGAACUAAAAAACCUAAACCCUUCAACUAGAGCUGCAUUAAUUAAUGAAUUAACCAGCGCUCCCACUAAUAACGCUACUGGAUUUGGUGGAAUACAACAGUCUGCCUUUGGAUCUUCUAACUUUUCCACCAGCGGAGGAGUGCCAUCUGCUUCCACUUUCAGCUUCAAACCAGAGGCAGGACUUGCCCAAUCUUCUAGUGCCCCCGCCAGCUCCGCUUUGCCAUCGUUUGGUAGUAAACCCACAGCUGCUUCAUUUUCCUUUGCAGCAUCUACUGCUUCCACUGUUCAAGGAUUUGGAACAUCAUCUUUUACGAAUACAGCUCCAACAACUACAGGUUUUGGUGGCUUUGCCGGGUCUAAAGUGACUCCAGGUUUUGGUGCUGCUCCAAGCACAACGGGGUCUGCAAGUUUUGGAGGACUUCCUAAUACAACUCUUGGUACAAGUUUAGGCUCAGUUCCUGGCAUUACUGCAGCCCCAACUUUUGGAGGAGUUUCUGGCACAUCAGCAACUCAGGGAUUUGGUGUAGUGCCUACUACUAUAGCUGGAGUAUUUGGAGGAGCUUCUGAUGCUACCGUUAGUUCUGGAUUUGGAAGUAAUAGAUCUUCAGUUGCUGAUAUUUUUAAGCCUAAAAACAUAACCUCAUCUAGUACCUCCAUAUCAGGACAGCCAUUUGGACCCUCAGCCAGUGGUGUGCCAGCCACUGCUGACAGUAGCACAAGCAAUGCCUUAUAUACUCCUAGAACUGAGCUCUCUGCAGAAGACAUCCUUCAAUUUGAGUCCAAGAAGUUUACACUGGGACAAAUUCCUUUGCAACCUCCACCAGCAGAGAUCCUUAUUGUUUAAAUGAAAUGUUUUCACACACAUUAUUAAUUCAGUCAUUUCUCAACUCUACCUUUCCAGUACUGUAUUGAGAAACUCUAAGAGAUAACCCGAUUCUUUGUAAGUGUGGACACAAACUAAGGGUAAAAAACAAGCGUGAUCCCUACUACACACAAUAAAUAGUUAUAAUACAGUGGUAUAAACGGCUUUAUUUAUUUUGUAAACACAUUACAAUGGAAUCCCAUGACAACAGUAAAGCAAGACCGUAUAUAUAGAUGAAUAAAAUAUACGAAAAAAUAUCCAUGCGAGUGAAAUUCUAGUUCUGAGAAGUGUUUAGCUUCUAUCCAAGUUAUAUCCAAGUAUAGAGAAAUGCUCCCUAAGUGAGGCUUUGUGAAAAUCUUUGUAGAUAUAUCUUCUCUUGUUUGUAUGUACCUAAUUAAACAUUGCUCCAUAAUUGAUAUCAUAUUAACUCUUAUUGUCAAAAUUAGUUGUUUAUCUUGUCAAUAGUAUUAACUAUUUGUAUAUUCCUACUAUCAAUAGUACUAUAUGUCAUUCCAACAGCAGCUAGAUUCUAUUGUUAUAAUCAUUUUUUAGUAUAUAGUUCAUCAAGCUCCCCUUAUUGUUUCUUAUCAUUAUAAUUCACAGCAGUUCAGAGGAACUACUGAUUUUUAGGGUAGUAGCUUUAUCUCAUUAGUUUUGUUUUUGGUGCACUUACUCUUUAUUUGUUUUUAGUUUCCAUAAUUGAUAUAUAUAAUUAACUUCAAAAACAACUUUGAUAUAACGUAAUUUUAUUAUUAAAAUUUAAAACUACUUUUUGUAAGAAGUUUAUACCAUCUAUUGUAUGUCUAUAUAUAAUGUCCUGUUUUACUGUGCCCAAAGAUUGUAACUUUAAAAAAAAAUUAAAACAUGCUUAUAUAACUUUCUAUUGUAUCUGACCUUUAGCUGAGGGCUGAUUUGCUGUAUUAUUUAACUAUCCAUUAUGCAUGAAUUGGAUUUUUAAUGAUUUGCCUAUUUUAGUUAUUGAACCACUGAUUAUCUGAUCCAUGAAAAAUCCUCAUUCUGUUACUUGAGGAUUGACGUUAAAGGGAUAGAAAGGUCAAAAUGAAUUGUGCAUUUCAAUCUGAAAUAGAAGCAUGUUUGCACUAUACUUGCUUUAGCAAAAAUGCUUCUCAUAAAAGUUAUAACAGUUUUUUUCAGCAUACGCACAUAUCCUUUCAGGGCCCAUGCACCAGCAUUCAAACACCACACUUUCUUAGAUAGUUGGCAGUGGCUUGUAUGACACAAAUUACUUAUUCAGAAGCAAUACAAACCACCGCCAGCUCUCUGAGCAUGCAUGGUGUUCAAAUACCAGUGUAUGGGCCCUCACAGGAUAUGUGCGUAUGCCACAGAAAAACUCUAAUCACUUUUAUUAGCAUUUUGUCUAAUGGAAGUAUAUUGCAAAACUACUUAAAUUUCAAAUUGAAAUGCACCAAUGCAUAUUUAAAUUUUGAACUUUCUAUCCCUUUAAGAAACAUUCUAUGAGAAAUUAUUUUUAUAUUUUUUGAACACACAAUAAUGCUUGCAUUUUAACUGCUGCUUCAUAAACAAGUCCCACACUUACUCUCUCAGUUGUACAUAUACUGUAUUUUGUAUGCAUCCUUUUCAUAAUGAUGUUAGAGGGAGCACUGAAUUAAGAGAUCAGAUUAGCUUGCCUUUGUGUCAUUAUAAAGUUUAAAUUAUUUUGUCAUUUGUUCUUGAAACUGUUUUAAUAAAUGUUUUAAACAAAGCUUUUAAUAAUAUAAAUAUCUUGAAUGCGCACUGGGUUAAGUUUGUGUUUAUGUCCAUAGCUAAAAAAAAAAACAAACAAAAAAAAAACGCGUCUGAGCCCAAGCAAUAAUAGUCUACCAAAAGUAGUAUAUCCUGUUUCUCUGCCUUUUGGUAUAGAAUGGUAAUUUCUGUAAUUUAACUAAGACUGUUAAUAAAGUUAAAAACAAAUGUA